UCGGGGGUAUGGCGACGCAGGAGGAGCGGCUUCACACAGUGCAAUCAUCCACGAUCGACGAUUGACGGAGAGAAAGAAAAAAAAUGGCACGCGACGUUUCUCGCCGGCCGACGAAACGACCAGGCUACAUCUCUACGAAUCAUUUCUACCGGACUACAACCGAGUACCUGGGAACCUUGGGAUCGCACUAGCGGUACGGCGGACGCGUUCCUUGUUGACGGAACGAGCGGUACGUCGAGGAGACGGACAGCAGAGCCUCAAGGCUCAACGGCGUGAGACCGGUUGACAGAUCGCCACGCGCCAAGACGACGAUUAACCAUCACCAUGGCGAAAGAGAUGAUGAUAGUAUUCGUUUACGACACUGCAAAGUGUUGUAAAGAGGAGGAUGAUCCUGCUGAGGCAGUUAUGUACUUCCAUCCAGCUUGGGUAUCUCUUACGCAGAGACUGGCUCUGGCGGGGCAGCUAAUGGGUGUGCAUCACUUUUUGACAACGUCAUUUUCAGCGCCACGCUCUAUCACAUUGCAAGGUGGAAAGUUUGUGCUGAAGAAGUUUGGGCAAUAUGUGCUAGCAGUGGGGACUGAUAGAAACAUACACGACUGGAUACUCGAAAGACGCGCCAAUACUCUGGAAUCGUUGUUAAAAUUCUUUCACUGCGACCUCGUCCAGAUUCUGGAAUCUCUAAACAACGAUCGUACUAGAUUCACCGAGAAAUUGUAUCAGAUGUUUGAAACCUAUCUGCCAAUUCUUCAACAUAGUGCCAAUCUGUUUUCCAACAUUCCUGUUAUUAAACUUCCUAAGAGUGCCAGCAAUAUAUUCCUGGAAGGAAUGCAAGUGUUACAGCAUUGUCAAGAGAUAAAUGGCAUUUUGGGUGGAGCGUUGUUUUACAAUAACAAAAUAGUCUCAACGCAACUGGGAGCAGAUCUAACAAAGCAAAUAGUCAUAACGGAUCCUUACAGAAUAAAGGCUCCUGCAGAAAGGAUACUCACAGAAUUUCACUUGCCGAUCGGUGUUCAAUUGUUACAAGUGUACAUAGAACGAAAGCAAUUCGCAAAAUUGAUGCAAGAGGCAAAUAACGAACGAUAUUACAAUUCGUGUCUAGAUACCGUGACCAAAAAGAUAUUACAAAGAAAGACUGUUUCCAAGACUGGCGUUAAGGAACCGUCCGGUAUGAAGCGAGAUACAUCGAAAAUUUUUACGGUUCCCGAGGAAGGUGAACUGGACUCCAUGAAUUACUCGGCACCGCAAUACGUGUCGUCUGUGCCGCUCGCGAUUAAUCACGAGUCACCGAUCAGACGCAAGCAAGAGAUCAAAUCAGAACGUCCCAAGGGUGGUAUUGUUCAUCCGCUCACGCCCAGUGUCUGUGCGACACCAUUGAAAGAUGUGGAUCGAGUGUUACACGGGAAUGCUAUGCUUAUCUGUUCAUCUGAGAGCGGUGGUGAAAACGAGGGACUUAGAAAUUCAUCGAAAAGUGACGACGACGACAUUCCCGAUGUCGUUAAAGAGGCACUCAGGUGUAAACGCUUAAACAAGCUGAAAAACGCUACUUCGAAGAAGAAGCUUAUGAAGAGAAAGGAUCCCGACAGAAAGAGCGUGAGCUUGCCAGACUUGACGUCAUCAAUUAAACCGCGUUUGAACGGUGUUCCUAGGGCUCAUCAACCGGAGUUAGACAAAAUAUUAUGCAAAUUAAAUGAAGCCUCACCGGAAGACUACGAUUCAAAUUCACCCCGGCGGAAGCUCACUAGGAGUAAUAUGCGGCACUCGCGCACUAUCGUCGAUCCCUGUUAUCCUGUCUUCCGAUACGAUGGUCUACCAGUCUCACGAUCAUUGUACGAGCAAUACAUCGCCUCUCAUUGCGAGGAGUUGCGUGAUAAUGGCGAUGGCAUUCAUGAACGCCAUGACGACGAUGACAAUUUGCAAUCAAGGAAUUUACCAAGCGAUCUGACGAGCGCGAAAUUGCCGAUAAGUAGCAGCCGGAAUUCAAUUACGAGAGAUGCUCGUGAAGAAUGCGCCAAGCCUGGGUACGACAAGAGCAAGCAAGAGACGUACAAGAGAUCAAUGAGUUUACCGCUGAAGCCACUCAACGUCGUCGCUGAGGUGUCCAACGGCGAUGAUCGACGGAAAUCGACGUCAGAAUGCGGUGGUGUAGGAAGCUCGUUUGAGUUUCCGCAAAGACGGAAGCUGGAUGGUUUACAGUUGACGCCGCUGAUGUCAAAGUUGAGUCUACUGGCCGACGAGCGAACUAGCGGUUUCUGCAGUCGCGAGACCACGCCGAGCGAAUUCCGCGAUCUGUCCGGAUUUUCCGGUGGCGUAGCAGUCACUACCACGACGACGACGAAUCAGCUGAUUAGGCAGAAAUUGGAAUCCGUCGAAAAAGAAGCGAGUGACGGUGAGGAUGAGUUAGAUGAAGACUGGGUCAACAAGGACGAACCCACUACUUGUCUCGUCAAAACCGAGCUCUUUCUCUGCGGAUAUCAGAAUAUGGUGCUAGUACUACUGAUGGAGAACGGCACUGCGAACAAUCCGGAUUUGAUACAUGCUCUGUGGCAUACUUGCGUGAGCACGUUGGGCAAGCUCGAAACACGGCUGCAACAGUGUCUGGAGCCGCUGCCAUCUACGGAGAACAAAGAAUUGUACAGUAUUCUGAGUGUGGACCCACAGUGGGACACGGUGCAACGUUCUGGACUCUGGGGAGUUACCGAAUUGGACAUCGUGUCCUGCCUUCACGACAGAUUUACGCAAGCUAGUAGUUUGACCGACAUUAUCGUCAGAACGGAAGACACAGUGGUUUACGGUAACCAGAGCGGAGGAGUAGAAGUUUUCUAUCAGCAAGCAGUAGCACCGAGUGCUUUUGCGGCGCUUCCCACUCCGGCGGAUCUAAUGGGGAUCGUGGCUCUCAAGGCGAAACGUCGAUUGGAAAGAGAUCACGGGAUCGUGCUACUGUAAAUUCAGAGGACUGCGCGUUACUUCUUUUUCUUUUUUGCCAAAAAAGAGGAGGAUAAUGCAUACGUUCACGAUUUCGCUUAUUUGCAUUUGGCAAGAGAAAUUAUCAUAUCCAGUACAAGAGAGGAAGAAUCGAACGUUACUUUGACCAGAUAAUUUUAACGGGAGAUAUACGGGAAUGUUUUUCUACGUAUAUUUUUGUAAUCUGUGAUUUUCGAAUGUAAUUUCCGAGCGUAAUUCCGGAAGAAUCGGUGGAAGAUCGAAGAGCUUUUAUAUACCGCUGCAAUGUACCUACGUAAUUUCUAUCGUGUAAAAUCGGUCGAGAAAUUUUCUACGGUAGCGGAUCGUCGACCAACCAGUUUGUACUUCACCGUUUCAUCAAUCAUGCAAACCGAUAUCACAACAAAUGUUAUUUAUAUUAUAUAUAUAUUAUAUAUGUUAUUGUAUAUAAGAUGUCUUAGAAUCGACGGAAAGUAGAUGGCAUUACGAUUCCAUUCGGAGAGCGCGCUAUUAUGUCAUUUUAUAUAUCUUUAUUGUUUA